AUGAAACAGAGAGAAGCGAAUGUGCUCCGAGCCUAUCGUGGUGUGAAUUUAUCGGAUGAAGAAUUUGAGAAACUGAAAGAGAACGAAGGUAACCUGAUUUCGACGAAUGACUUUCUCUCAACUAGCCGGUGUCAUGAAGUAGCUUUGCAUUUUGCGGGUGAAUCAGCAAAGCAUCGACAUGAGGUUGGUGUUUUGUUUGAGAUCGAGUGUGAUUUGAGUGAGCUGAAUGAUACUAUUGUGGUAGCUGACAUUGCUCACUUCAGCAGUUUCGCAGAUGAAGAGGAAGUACUGUUUGACUUAGGUGCGACAUUCGAGAUUCGUGUUGUUCAUCAAACAGAGUUGAAUGUUUGUGUUGUAGAAAUGAGACCGACUGGUAAAGGAAGAGAGAUUGCACAAGGGUAUAUUGGACUGAAUAGAAAAGAAAUGGAAGAGAAGAGUGUUGUGGUGAUGUUUGGUAUACUUCUGUGUGACAUGGGACAACAUCAAACAAAAACACAACCUUAA